GAGGGAUGUAGUUGCUGUCCUGCCGCCAUCACCGCCGGAUUGUAGCUAAAGUUUGAGUAAUGGAAACUGAAAGCUGGACAACAUUUUCGGAAACAAGUGAUUCUGAGGGUUGCGUGGAUGACUUAAAUGAUGAUGAGAAUUCGUAUGCAUAUGGUGACAUACCGAAGUUGCAAUUUAGGAAAGAUGUGUCCAAAGCGCGGUGGAUUUAUGAUCUAGAAAUGGCUGAGGUGGUGGAGAGGAAGGGAAAAAUGUGGACAACCACUGGAAUAGUUCGUAAUGGAAAAAUUUACUGCUGUAUUGAAGAAACUUUGUUUUUGGCAGAAAUUGGUGCUUUGCAUCUUCUGGAUGAAAAUGAUACACCCCUUCCCCUGAAAGAUAUUUAUGCUAAAAUGCAAGAAAAGAAGCAUGGAUGCUCAUGGGAGUCUUUUGAAGCUUAUAAACACUUAAAAGCUCUUGGUUAUGUUAUUGGGCGGCAUGGUAUACCUUGGACUCUGAAGACAGCUAAAGUUGAUUCUAGUGCCCAAGGUUCAACAAAAAUGAACAACAUAGUGGAUGGAGAGUCAAGAGGGAGUUUUAUCAUCACUGAGAUGUUUCGUUGCCUGGACAUUAAUGAAGUUCAACCAGUAUUUGAUGUUUACCCUCCUAAUAGCAAUUUUAAGAAGUCUUCUCCUGGCACCCCAUGUUUCAUCCUAUGUUUUACAAGUGGCCAUCCUCCAUCAAAACAGGAGAUUGAAGAGCUUGGGAGAUGUUGCGGUGGCUGCCCUCUAAAAUUCUGUAAUGUUGAUCAUGGACGUGUUAGUUUCUUCUCAUUCAACAGAGUAGAGCUUCCUGUACUUCCAUGAUCAUCUCCGACAUGUAUACUAAAUUUUAGCCUUGGAGGAGAUGAUUUAUUUUGGGCCAAAACAAACCGAAUUGAUAUUCAUCUGGCUUAAAUUUAGAGGACAUGCAUUUUAAGUUGUUUUUUAGUAUAUCGUUCGGAAGUUGCCCUUUCUUACCGUGCUAUAAGUUGUACCAGGUAGAGAGUAAUGUAUGCGAGAAUCAGUACUCAGAUGACGAUCCUAUACAGCUUCAUAUAGUUGGUUCUGGAAUUUGUACUAUGAUGUCUUCCAACCUUCUAACUGUAGAUGGUUUGAUUA